AUGGCUUCCUUGAGCACUCAAAUCCUUCUUUGCACUUUGGGGCUUACAUCCCUAGGGUUCUCGGCUGCUGUUGAGACUGUGAGCCGUGAUGUUUUACAAGAGACUCCUUAUUGCAACUCGCAUUAUAUGGUCCAAUUUGGGGAUACCUGCUGGGACAUCAUUGCACGGUAUGGCUCUAACUUCACAAUCAACCAGUUCCUAUGCUGGAACCCGGAUAUAAACACCUCGUGCUCGAAUCUUAUUCCAGAACGUCCUGUCUGUGUCGGCGUGAGAUGGCCUGGGCCGCAAUGCUACGACUAA